UGCGGGCGGCGGCCGAAGAAGGCGAGGCGGCUGCCCAGCGGGGACGCUCAGCCAGGCCCGGCCCUGCCCUGUGGCUGGGCGCGCCCGCCGCUCCGCAUCCAUGUUCGAACACCUAGAAGAGGACAUGCAUUUCUCACCCUUGGAUUACAGAUGAACUGACUGAGGCCCGGGGAGCUAGGGGGCCUGCUCUGGGUCACAUGGCUAGGAAGUGGAGCAGGGUGGCACCACCCCGCACUCUGGCCGGAGCACGCCAAGCAGCUCCCCAUCUCUCCGUAAGCGGCUUCAGCUCUUGCCGCCAAGCCGACCCCCACCUGAGCCGGAACCGGGCACCAUGGUGGAGAAGGGGUCAGAUAGCUCCUCCGAGAAGGGUGGGGUGACCGGGACACCCAGCACCCAGAGCCUGGGCAGCCGGAACUUCAUCCGCAACAGCAAGAAGAUGCAGAGCUGGUACAGUAUGCUGAGCCCCACGUACAAGCAGCGGAAUGAGGACUUCCGUAAACUGUUCAGCAAGCUCCCUGAAGCCGAACGCCUCAUUGUGGAUUACUCCUGUGCCUUGCAGCGCGAGAUCCUCCUCCAGGGCCGCCUCUAUCUCUCCGAGAACUGGAUCUGCUUCUACAGCAACAUCUUCCGCUGGGAGACAACAAUUUCCAUCCAGUUGAAGGAAGUGACGUGUCUGAAGAAGGAAAAGACGGCCAAAUUGAUCCCCAACGCCAUCCAGAUCUGCACAGAGAAUGAGAAGCAUUUCUUCACCUCCUUUGGGGCCCGAGAUCGCUGCUUCCUCCUCAUCUUCCGCCUCUGGCAGAACGCACUGAUUGAAAAGUCGCUGAGUCCCCGAGAGCUCUGGCACCUGGUGCAUCAGUGCUACGGCUCAGAGCUGGGCCUCACCAGCGAGGAUGAAGACUAUGUCUGCCCCUUGCAGCUGAAUGGUCUAGGGAGCCCCAAGGAAGUGGGAGAUGUAAUCGCCCUGAGCGACAUCACCUCCUCAGGGGCAGCUGACCACAGCCAGGAGCCAAGCCCGGCAGGUUCGCGCCGUGGCCGCAUCACCCCCAGCCUUUCCCGGGCCAGCAGUGACGCAGACCACGGGGCAGAGGAGGACAAGGAAGAGCAGACAGACAGCCAGCCAGACGCCUCCUCCAGCCAGACAGUGACCCCGGUGGCUGAACCCCCGAGCUCAGAGCCCACCCCACCUGACGGGCCUGGCUCCCUGGGCCCCUUGGAUCUGCUGCCCAGUGAGGAGCUGUUGACAGACACAAGUAACUCCUCCUCAUCCACGGGGGAGGAAGCCGACCUGGCAGCCCUCCUUCCCGACCUCUCCGGUCGUCUCCUCAUCAACUCCGUCUUCCACGUGGGUGCCGAGCGGCUCCAGCAGAUGCUCUUCUCAGACUCGGCCUUCCUGCAGGGCUUCCUGCAGCAGUGCAAGUUCACAGACGUGACCUUGAGCCCCUGGAGCGGGGACAGCAAGUGCCACCAGCGCCGAGUGCUGACCUACACCAUUCCCAUCAGCAACCCGCUGGGGCCCAAGAGCGCCUCUGUGGUGGAGACACAGACGCUGUUCCGGCACGGCCCGCAGGCAGGCGGGUGUGUGGUGGACUCGGAGGUGCUGACGCAGGGCAUUCCUUACCAAGACUACUUCUACACUGCCCACCGCUACUGCAUCCUGGGCCUUGCCCGGAACAAGGCCCGCCUCCGAGUGUCCUCCGAGAUCCGCUAUCGGAAGCAGCCCUGGAGCCUUGUGAAGUCUCUCAUUGAGAAGAACUCGUGGAGCGGCAUCGAAGAUUACUUCCACCACCUGGGUAGGGGACAGGGGUCCGGCCAGGGCCACAGACAGGGUCGGGGCCUGGCCGGGUGCAGACAUGCAGGGCCCUCUCUCGUGUCUGCAGAGCGAGAGCUCGCCAAGGCUGAGAAGCUGUCUCUGGAGGAAGGCGGGAAGGAUGCACGCGGGCUGCUGUCCGGCCUGCGCAGGCGGAAGCGGCCCCUGAGCUGGAGGGGCCACGGUGACGGGCCGCAGCACCCGGACCCUGACCCCUGCGCCCGGGCUGGCAUGCACCCCUCAGGCUCCCUCAGCUCCCGCUUCUCGGAACCGCCCGUGGACCAGGGCCCCGGGGCAGGCAUCCCCAGUGCCCUGGUUCUCGUCAGCAUUGUCCUCAUCGUCCUCAUUGCCCUCAACGUCCUCCUCUUUUACCGCCUCUGGUCCCUGGAGAGGACAGCCCACACUUUCGAGUCCUGGCACAGUCUGGCCCUGGCCAAGGGCAAGUUCCCCCAGACAGCCACUGAGUGGGCGGAGAUCCUGGCCCUGCAGAAGCAGUUCCACAGCGUCGAGGUGCACAAGUGGAGGCAGAUCCUGCGGGCUUCUGUGGAGCUCCUGGACGAGAUGAAGUUCUCGCUGGAGAAGCUGCAUCAAGGCAUCACCAUCUCAGACCCUCCCUUCGACUCCCAGCCACGGUCCGACGACAGCUUCUCCUGAGGAUACCUGGCCACUCGGCCAUCCCCCCAAAUGGACAGAUGGACACAGAGGCUCGGUGGCCACUGCUGGCUCGGUGUGAGCGCCGGGAACCUCCCGCCCACCCCUCCCAGUGGCCCGGCCAGGGGCCACGCAGACACGGGGACCACAGAACCGAGAUGCACUUUAGACCAGCGUGUGUGAGUCCAGCUGCCAUCGCCUGUCCCGCCAGGGCACUGGCCCGGCCUUCAGCAGGCCCCCUACUAACUUAUUGUGCUCAGCUGGGGUUAUGGGGGGCACCUCCUGGGGUGCACGAUUCCCUCAGCUCUGGGUUUAAUGUAUUAUAUUUAUUUGGGGCUGACAGAGCCCCAAUAAAGGGUUGGAAAUGGC